AUGGAACGCCGGGAAAUGGUAGAAUGCCCGGCCGGUGAGCAGGACCAAGCUGAAGCGAGUGUGAAAAGGGAAAGUGACAUGUCAGCCGGCCACUCAGCCGGAGGACAAGUGGCUGGACGAGAGCUCGACGAUGAGUGGAAAAGACCAAAUCCGGAUCUACCGACGUGCUCUUCGGCCGAAAGCAAGCCCGACUGCCUCACCGCCUCCUCGACCAGCAGACAAAACGGUUCCGAGGGCAACUGUCCGUCUCUACCCGCUACCUCUUUCGUCAUGUGUGACCCUCCUGCGACUGCAUCUUCGGCCUCCACGACCCGAAUCUGCCAGUCGGCAGGUCCGGUUCCCGUGGACACCAAUUUCGUCUGGCCGACAACGCCAAGGGAAUGGUCGCAGCUCAUCGAUCGGUUGCUAGCACGAGUUGACAACAUCGCCCGUAUUGCCGGAGACACUGGCCAAGUAUCCUCAAGCCUCCCGCUAAUUCUGCAACAGAUCACCUCGGCUUUGCGGCUGGCCGUGCCUUUGAGCGCGGUAACCACGAAGCAUGAGUUUGAAUCCGAAUCCGAAUCUGAAUCUGACGAGAUGACGGCCCUCUGUACUGCCCCGGCCGAGAUGGCCGCAGUGAAGAGUCCAGAAGGUGACGGCGAGAGAGUGAACGAGGGCAGAGUCCCGGAGGGGAUUGUGGGACGUAAGUCGCCACCCGAAGUGACCAGUUCCGUCGUUUUUGGGAAUGCUGUGAAAAAAUCGCACCAACAGCCAACUGAGGGUCCAGUUUCCGAGGCCUCUACAGACGAUGUGGUCGACAAGCGACACAAAAGGCUUGGCCUCCACGAAGGAGGCAUCAUCGUCCAGGCGGCCUCUUCAAAGAAACAUGACGACCAGAAGCUCCAGAGAAAAGCUGUUUCAUCUCGUGACUACUGCAGCACGAUUGAGCAACUGGACAGGCGGCUAGCCUUUUUGUUCGACAAAAUACUUACGGUUGGUUAG